UUCGCCCCUUCGACGACGUAGCAAUUUCCGCCAUGGGGACCUAGGCUUCCAUUUUUAGGUUGGGCCUAUGCCACCCACGAACUUCGUCAAAGUGGAUCAGCUGACGCCGAAUUCUUUGAACGUCGACCUUGUUGUGAAGGUGCUACAUUGCGAUGCCUCCUUACAAUGUUUGGGCGGCUCGCAGUUCAGCUCAGUCACUGUUGGGGAUGAGACUGGCACAGUCAUUCUUCGCCUGCCAGCGCAACAGGCCCGUUUCGAUCCGGGCAGCACGCUGGUGCUGCGCAGCGCCAGGGCGGAGACGUGCUAUGGCCAACUACGCCUCGAAUUGGGAAGGUGGAGUCGCCUAGCCUUAGCAGACUCGGCAAAGCUCACGCCCAAGCUGCAGAACGACAUGUCGGCCGUUCAGUAUUGCCUUACGAGAUGACCAUGUGCCAAAGAAGCAGCUCAGAACGUGCCAUUCCAGCGGCAAAAAACUGAAGUUUAU